AAGACAAUCGUCUCAACAAUUAGGGUUUCUUCUUUGCGGUGUGAGAAAGAAACAAUGGUGAAGUUUCUGAAGCAGAACAAGGCCGUGAUCCUCCUUCAAGGCCGUUACGCCGGUAAGAAGGCAGUGAUCAUCAAAUCCUUCGACGACGGAACCAGUGACCGUCGUUACGGACACUGCCUCGUCGCCGGACUGAAGAAGUAUCCAAGCAAAGUCAUCCGCAAAGACUCAGCGAAGAAGACGGCGAAGAAGUCUCGAGUGAAAUGUUUCAUCAAACUCGUGAAUUACCAGCAUCUGAUGCCUACACGUUACACACUCGAUGUAGAUCUGAAGGAAGUUGCGACUCUUGAUGCUCUUAAGAGUAAAGAUAAGAAGGUGACUGCUCUUAAGGAAGCUAAGGCUAAGCUUGAGGAGAGGUUCAAGACUGGCAAGAACAGGUGGUUCUUUACUAAGCUCAGGUUCUGAAGAAGAAUCUUUGAGUUUUUAUCUUUAUCGAAUUUUAUAACUAUCUAUUUUGUUUAGUUCUAGAAUCAGUUUGGAUUAUUGUUUAAGACUAUUUUGGUUUGGAAUUGAUUCUGGCUUUUGUCUUUUACUUAUGAUCAUUUGCGAUAUUGAUGCUUUCCAAUUUCAGAGUAUUGAAAUGGGUUUCUUUGAU